ACUACAGUUUUAUAGAAGUAUAUUGCAUAUUUUAGAUGGACAUGAAAAUGCUAAUAUUUACAGAAAAUUAAUAUUUGAGAAAUGAGUUAUGAGUUUUCUGUUCAGUAUGUUUAACUUUUACAGAUGGCUUCUCAGAGUUCUUAAUUCUGAUACAACCUCCAAUUACGUACUUUUUUUUUCUUGAGGGUACAUAGAAUAUAAUCACCAACAUGGUCCAAAAAGUCCCAUGCUGGAUUAGAAUAAUCCUUUUUGCUUAAGAAGGUUCUUUACUGAGUGAAAUGACCCGGAUGUAGUGGAAGUGGCCGUUAUGAUCGGAAAUGCCAAGUGUCUGCAGAUUCAAAGUCAGAUUCCCUUAGAUGUACCAAACCCGGGUGUGCAAAACGCUGAAAACUGCCCCUGAUCAGCUUCCUCUGCUUCUUCUCCCUUUUCUUCUUCGAGGUGUAGUAAAGUACCUCUUUAGUACCCCUGAGACAAAACAUCAAAAACUACAAUAUGUACCUCUGAGAUGAAAUGGCAAUGCUCACAUAAACAACCCCCAAAAUAGUACUUGAGUAACGUUAAAUAUACUGGUAGUUCAGUACCGCGGUGCUCUUCGUUGUUCGCCCUCCGGUCCGCCAGAGUUCGCUGUUCGCUUCGCUUUCCUCCCAGCGAACUGUCGUCGACGCAGAACUCCGUGCGUGUGUUCGCGGUCCCGCUGGCUCUCUUUGUCCGCAGAAAAGGAGCAAAAUGUGCGCCGUGCGGCUGCUGCGCGUAUCGGUACGCGAGCGGCUCGGCGCCGCCGCCGAAGACGUUCUGCUGCGGGUGGAAAAGGGAGAAGAAGCGGCUGAAGUCGCGGCACUGAGAGCGCUGCUCACCGAGCGGCUAGCGGCAGCUGCGGAGGAGAUUGUCGGUCUGUUCGAGGAAACCGUGGCGGGAUACGAAGAGCGAGCUGAGCGCUCAGAACGGGAGAUCUGUCGCCAGAGGAGGCUGCUCGACGCCGUGCUGAAGCCCCAAGUCAAGCUGCACCGGGCAGACGGCAUUCCCCCAGAGCAGCACGAGUGGAGAUCCAGUCUGGACCAGGAGGACCCAGACCCCCCCCACAUUAAAGAGGAGCAGCUUCAAGGACUGGAGGAGGCUGACAUGAAGGUCUUCACUCCUGUGAAAAGUGACGAUGAUGAAGAGGAAACUCGGCCCUCACAGCUUCAUCAGAGACAAACUGAACAGAUGGAGACAGAAGAUGUCCAGCAGCAGAAGAGAAGCUCCAGUCUGGCCCGGGAGGACCCAGAGCCCCCCCUCAUUAAAGAGGAACAGGAAGAACUCUGUACUAGUCUGGACAGAGAGCCGCUUCAAGGGCUGGAGGAGGCUGAUAUCACCAAGUUCACCUUCACUCCUAUGAAGAGUGAAGAUGAUGAAGAGGAAGCUCAGUCCUCACAGCUUCACCGGAGACAAACUGAACAGAUGGAGACAGAAGGUGAUGGAGAGGACUGUGGAGGACCAGAACCAGACAGGAACCCAGGUUUAUAUAGACAUCCACAACUUGUUGAUAAGGAUGAAGACUCUUCUGAACCAGGGACUGAUAACAGUGAUGAUUGGAAGGAGACCAGAGAACCUGGGUCAGGGUUAAACUCUUUCAGUGGUUCCAUAUGUAGUUCUGUUGAAAAGCCAUUUAGCUGCUGUGAGUGUGAAAAAAGAUUUAGCCUCAAGACUUGUCUGAACAGACACAUGAGGUCUCACAAUGGAGAGAAACCGUUCAGCUGCUCAGUUUGUAAGAAAUCCUUUGGACGGAGAGAAACCUUACAGACACACAUAAGAAUCCACACAGGAGAGAAACCUUUCAGCUGCGCGCUCUGUGACAAGCGAUUUCUGCGUAAGGCUCAUCUGAAGAGACACAUGAUGACGCACACAGGUGAGAAACCUUACAGUUGCUCUGUGUGUGGGAAGAGUUUCACGCAGGCGGGAAGUCUAAGACAACACAUGAGCAUCCACACAGGAGACAAACUGUACAACUGCAGUGUUUGUAACAGAAGAUUCCCCUGGUACACCAGCUUCAAACACCAUCAGUACGUUUGUCAUCGGUCUUUCGCCUCAUCAAAAACUGACUGAACAAAGGGAAACGGAGCCCAUGCAGAGGACUGGAGGAGCAGAAGGAGACAGGAACGCGGUGUCGGAACAUGAUACUUUUGACGAGACUGGAGAGUCCUCGAGGAAUGAAACAAAUGUCCAACAUAUAAAGCAGCUAACCUCCCAGUGUUCGAUGGAGAUGGCGUCCAUCCGGUUACAUCCACACGACUGUUUUCUUUCUUCAACAUUCUGCUUCGUCUACUGCCGGCGUUUUCCUGCACCGUGAUCGGAUCCGUCUGGGAACGAUCACGGCGGCACCUCGUUUGUCCUGAUUUGCGAUCCGAAGCAAAGGUAACCUGUGACGAGACGGACUGUGGCGCAGCUGUUCUGGGACGUGUGUGGAGGAUCGACCCUCACUGUGGCGAUAUGCGAUAAAUUAACUUAUUGCACACUAUCUGAAGUCGAGUGCAAUCAUUUUCGGUGCUGUGAUAUUCCUUUUACAUAUAAAUGAACGUCACCAACAUUUAAGUCGAUCGCGCUGCCUCCUUUUCCUUGUGGAGCGCUCAGGCAGCGGUGAGGAGAAGCCGUGAACUCACCAUGUUAUAAAGUGGUUCUUUUUCGUAACAUCUACAACUGAACCCGGUACGAUGGCACAAUGUUCGGCUUCAGUUUGGAAACAUUUUGCCUUUAAGCCGAAUGAGGGAAGAGAGCCGAUAACGUGAACUUUGUUUAGAAACCGUGGCAACGGAGACACACGGAGCUCAAAUCUCACCUCAAACAACAACCAUCCGCCCGGUGUUUCAACCUGAACCCCCGUCGGUUCCUCCGGACUGCUCGUUGGCUCCGUGGGGACGUCGCCCUGCGUUCCUCCCGGGUCGCCCGUCUCUCCCCUCGGCCACGGAGCGCGUCGCCCUGCCGCCGGUCAAAGCCCCUCGAGACGUUAAACCUCCUCGACUGCAUCUUUCCCGCUGGACACAUUUUCUCGAACCCGACCGCAUCGCAUCAAGCCCGAUCCUUCGCACGCUCCGCGUCCCUUGCACUUCUUUUUAGUUUUAUUUCUUUUAUUCACUUAGACAUUAGGUUAUAUUUUUUCACAUUCAGAUUCUAACGUCUUCUUUGUUCUUUGAGCGUACUUGUAUUACUAUUGUCAUCAUGUUAUUAUUGGCAUAAAAUUGCAAUAAUAUUGCAUAUUGUAAAAAACUAGAAUUUCAUAUGGUAAAACAAUCUGAUUUGAAAAGCCUGUCAGUGACCUCAUCGAUGUACCAGUAUAAUGUCGUGGUCUAGUCCUCAGUGAGGAGGCGCUCUGCUUAAUGAGCCCCUCAUCCAGAGGACCUGUAGUUCUGAUGGGACUCGUUGGUGUUGGACUCCUACAGUGGAGACAUGUCUAUUUAAAUUACACAUGUAACAUUUUUAUUGUUAAAGAUAUGAACCAACAUCAAAUAUUAAAACAUAAUGAAUGACUCAUUUGUGAUCCUUUGCCAACAGAAUCCAGGGGGUGGAUUUACCGAUGCCCCCCGUCAUGGUGGAUUCAGUCUGAUUCCUGUAAACAAAUUCAUGCUUCGGUGGAGUUCAGGCCGCCACCCAAUAGCAACCACCGGUCCAGCAUUAGGUGAAGAACAGCAGAGCGGUUCGGGCAGGCUUAAGUAGAACCUGAGAGGUGCUCGCUCCUCACCGGGCUGCCUGUGCUCGGGGACCACACGGCGGGCCGUAGUCCACGUGGCUUCCCGUAGAUCGGACACCGGAGGACAGGCAGGAUCAGCUCUCAGACCGGAGGGAGAUCUAAA